AAAAGGGGUAGGGAAUACCAAUGGAUCAGGUGAAUUGUGGUGGUUGAAAGUGGUAGCUCAGCAGUAGACGGUAGACAGCCGGUAAUCGAGUAAUAUUGCAGUCGAUUGCAGGAAAUCUGAAAGUUAUCUCGUUAUGGAGUUACGCGAAGUGAAUCGCACUUUUGAUACUGUGGAAGAAACUACGGAACUUUUAUCGCCAUCCCAUCGCGAUAACAUCGAAAUUGAAAGUUAUUUCAUCGAAUACGCUAUUCAAAAAGAAAUGAUAAAUCGCAAUCGAUGUCCCGCUAGCCGUCGUUUACUUAGUCAAACAGCUCAUUUGGCAGAUUUUACUUUUACUAAUGGCAAUAAUCAAAAGGAUACGUCGUCCGUCGGUAUCAGUAUGAUUCAUACUUCGAACGCGAAUUGGCCUCCUUCUAGAAAGAGGGAAGAGGCAAGAGCGUUGGAAAAUCUCCGAAAAAGAGUGGAGCAAUCGAAAUUAUAUAAAGCAAAUCGAAUUUCAGAUACCUGCGGAUCGACUUCUACAUCUUCGGUUUUGAAUAAUGAUCAAAUUCAUCAGCUUGACAAUCGACCGAAGCUGUUAAAAAAGAUCCUGAGUAACAGGCCGAUGAGUAUCGCACAUGAUAGUAACGAUUUGGAGACUGACUGGCGAGAUAGCGAAUUUAUAACGGAAUGUUUAUGCUGGCACAAUGUUUAUCGACAAAGACACAAUGCUCCACCCUUAACCAUGUCGCCGCAGUUGUGUGAGUAUGCACAAACAUGGGCCAAUCAUUUAGCACACACCAACACAUUUUACUAUAGAAACGAUCGAGAAGUUGGACAAAAUCUUUAUUGUCGACCUGGUGGUGCUGUCCCUACCGAUGUAACUGGGCAAGAUGUUGCAUCGUAUUGGUAUUCAGCGGUGAAACAAUAUGACUUUUUAAAAGAACCGGAUAUUCUUCAUGCUAAUGUAAACGCAGGUCAUUUUACGCAAGUAAUUUGGGCAAGCAGUCGUUAUUUCGGGGUUGGAAAAGCACGUAGUAGAAGCGGAAAAAUCAUCGUAGUAGCCAAUUAUCAACCUGUUGGUAAUAUAUCCGGACAAUUUCAAACUAACGUAUUACCCCCUUUACCCGAAAAUGUAAAUAUCAGUUUAUCAUCUCAGCGACAACCAUCCAUAAAAGUCUUUCGUGACCAUUACAUUGCGUCUGAUUCGCCACCACUAGCAUCAUCCUCUGUACCGCUUUCGGAUACAGCAUCAACGGACAGUGAUCAUUCUUCCGUUAGUUCUACGCAAUAAUAUAGACGACCGAAUUGCCUUUUCUGCGUUUGCACGCGCGGAUGGGAUGGGCAUUAAUCAGAUUUGAUUUCUCUCAUCUUUUUCUUGUUAUUUCGUCUAACUUGACUAAAAUUUAAGAAAGAGAAAUACAUAAUACAUAAUACAUAAUACAUAUAUACAUAUACAUAUAUAUAUAUAUAUAUAUAUAUAUAUAUAUAUUUAUCCAUGGAAAAUGUUUGUAAAUGUAAAUUAGUCAAUAAUUAUAUUUGAUUAUUUAUUUCUAUUAUAUUUAUUUAUUUGUUUGUUUGUCCAUUCCCGCAAGCAAGAAAAGAAGGUAGAAAUAAUAAGAAAAAACAGAAUAAAUUUUCAUUUUAAAACUAGCGUGCAAAUCUCGUAGAACAGGCAUGUGCGGGUACUUUUACAUAAUUAUGCGAUUCGCAUAAAAUUUGAUGAUCUGAAAGAACUUGAUAUUUCAUAAAUAGGAAUGGUGAAGAGCAAAAAAUCGAUAUGCUGUGUAUUAUACUCUUAUAUAUAUAUACAUAUAUGAGCAGUAUACAGAAUUUGACAUUUUUUGUACAUUGUACGUACCACACCAAUUUCUUGUCAAGUAAAACAUACUGAUUAUCAUGAAUAUGUUAUAAGUAUUAUCUAUUUGUAAUAUAUUAAAGGAAAAAUAAUAUAUUAUUCGCUUGCAGCGAUUCGUUUUUGGCUUAUACAAAUUACAAUAAGUAAACAGACAAGAUAUUGAAAACUGUAGAUUACGGGUUGGAUAGAGUACAAAUUAAAUACAAGAUCCUAAAUCCGUGUAUUAUUAUCUACAUGCUCAUACAUACUGCUCAUUAAAUGUGUACGUUCAAUUCGAGAAUAUUUUCUCUUCGUGACAAUAGUAUAUGAAUAUUGUAUAUAACAUAUUAAAAAGUGAAAAUGUUUUAAAAAUUUGCAAACUCGUAAUACUUGAUGAGAGCAGGGUAAAAAAAACUUGUUUGCAACAAUUUAAUGUGUAAACAAUAGUUUCGUUUUUCCACUUACAUACGACAUAUCUAAAGAUAGCAAAAGAAUUAUUCAAUUCUCGUAUAAUUUCCCAUGAUUUUUUUUCACUAAGUGUUUAAAUGGGCACCAAAAUGAAAAUGUACAACUUCAUUUUAAAUGAUUAAUUUGUGGACUGUUUUUGUUUUGGGACAAGUUUGUAUAUUCUUCGAUUAUUUCCCUUUUUUAACAUGAUAACAUACGCUUAUUUAUAUAAAUGAUAACUUUAUUCUGUAAAUCAGAUCUGUUCAACGGCGGAACCUUUGAGGCUGUGUAGUUCUUCAUCGCUUGUAGUGAAAUCGAGGAUCUUUGAGAAAAAUAUUGUUAUUAACGAUAGAUGCCUUAUACGUACCAGUGUUCCUCUACACUGAAACACGAUCUAGAAUUCCAUAGCUCAUCGACACACGCGAUGAAGAGGUCUGAUAUAUGUAAAUUCUUCACAAUUAUAUUGUAUGCGCGUUGACGAAAUUUUUAUUUUAAGAAUCUGUCGUCCGCACUUAAAACAUCAACGUUUACCAUAAAUUCAAUGAGUUUCUUAGAGUUAGUUUGGAACUGAAAAUUAUUGAUAUAUAAGGCUUUUUCUUAUAAAUAUUAGAUGAUAUCUUUUUGUAAAAUUAACCCUUCGUUGGAAAACUGAGUCGUUGUUCCUCCCCAAAUUUUUAUUUUUAUUGACAAAUUUUUCAAAUGUUUAGUUUGACGAACACAAUUUGUAUAGCGUAAUAGAAACAUUGAUAAGUAAUUGUGAAAUUUUAAAAAGUUUUGAUUGGUUAGAAAAUUUAACUUGAAUAUGAACGACCUAGUUAAACGGCCUUACAAAUUAUAAAAAGAGAUGUUUAUCUACGAAGGGUUAAUAUAUAUUCAAUAUCUAACAAUCAGUAUACCUAAUAGAAGGAGAAACAUGCUUAAUUGCUUGAUCCUUAUGUAUACAUAUAUAUACAUAUCUUUCGGGUCUCGAAAGUAUACUGAAUACCUGUUUCAUGAUUUGCGAACAAAACAGAUACAUCACGGAUCUAUACGUGAAUAUAUAUAUAUGCAUAUAUAUAUAUAUAUAUGCUACGAUACACGGAAAUUUUAUUUGCUCAUUGAAUUUAUCUCUAUGCAAACAAAAAUUAACAGUAAUCGUUAAAACUCUUCCUUUAAUUUUCUAGAUGUUACGAUUUAUUUGAUAUUUUUAUUUUUGCUUGGGCGAAAGUAGUUAUUAUCACAUAAAAUCAUAAUGCUCAAGAAAAUUAAAUAUACCAACAAGAUUAUAUUUCGUUCUUAGAUACAUAGCAAAUAAUAUCGUAAAUUUGUCAAAAAAUGAUGCUUUUUUUUUAAAUUGGAUUUGCUUCAUAGUUUCAAUCGUAUCAAUAGUAUAGGUGCAUUGAUCAUUAUGUUAAAAUUUAAUGUAAUAUGAUUAUAAUUGAAAAAGUCGCGAUGAAAAAAGCAAUAUUAUGAAUCGAAAGUAGCUUCUAAUUGCCUAUGAUCGAGCAACUCAAUGAGUAUAUUGACAACGAGUACCAAGUUGAUAAAAAUAUAAAGAAAAUGUCAUUAGGACGGUCUUAUUAUUAACUUCUUUCAAUCGACGUACUUCCAACAAUACUGCCAGUAGUCAAAUUUUGGUAAGCGAGUAUUCAGCUGUUGAUUAAAGAUUGUAUGAAAUCGUUUUAAUUCUGUUGAAUUUCCAUAUAUGAUUACAACGACUUAGAGUUAUAAAAUCUAAGGAGCAAAAGUUAAUGAACUACGUUUGUAUUUAUCAAUGUAAAUCCGAAUUUUAGAAAUCUGGUAUUUUAGUAACAAAUAACAUCGAUACACGGUAAACGUUGUCAAAGAAAACUUUUGUUGAGUACCACGAAGCUUUGGUUAGGGGUAGCACGAAAAAACCUUCUACGAACUUAUACAUCUGCAAUGAUAGUAACAUCAUACAGCUUUAAUAUUCUGCUAUUUUUCGUAUUUAUAAAGUUUUAAUACGACAACAUCCUUGUACAUUGCCUGUAAAGCGCGAACAAUAUUUUGUUAUGCGUUCGUGAUUUGUUGUUUAUUCUUCUAGUUCAUAAAUAUAAUAAUUACUGUUAAACAUAGCGUAUGAAUAAAUGAUCGCCUAAUUGAAGAAAAGAGAUCUAAAUUGAUCGUUUA